CUUCCAUCUGUUUCUUCUUGUGUGGCACGUAAGAGGCAGAACUCCGCGAGAGAUUUUCGCUUUCCUCCCGAUCACCCCGACGCAUUCUGCUUUCGUCUCCAGAGGUUCGUCUUCUUCUCCUUCCCCCAGCUUUGCGCCUUCGCGCAGCCGCGUAAUCUCGUCUGCCCUCGCUGCUGGAUGUCGGCGAUCCGCGCCUCUUCUCACCGGCUGCAGACAAGAACUGUGGCAUUAACAAGGACAAAGAUGUCAAGCAUGGCAGGCUUGGGAGCUUCUCAGCAUGGAUAUCCUCCCCGAAGUCAUGAGCCCUGGACUAAACUUGUACACAGAGAGAGAUUACCCGAGUGGUUUGCAUACAAUCCAAAGACCAUGAGGCCUCCACCACUUAGCCAUGAUACCAAGUGCAUGAAGAUUUUAUCCUGGAAUAUUAACGGGCUUCAUGAUGUUGUAACGACAAAGGGGUUUUCUGCACGUGACUUGGCUCAGAGAGAGAAUUUUGAUGUGUUAUGUCUUCAAGAGACACAUUUGGAGGAAAAGGAUGUUGAAAAGUUUAAGAAUCUGAUAGCAGACUAUGACAGCUAUUGGUCAUGCAGCGUCUCGAGGCUUGGCUAUUCAGGGACUGCAGUAAUUUCACGGGUUAAACCAAUUUCUGUCCAAUACGGGAUUGGCAUACGUGAACAUGAUCAUGAGGGCAGGGUUAUUACUCUGGAGUUUGAUGGUUUUUACUUGGUAAAUGCCUAUGUUCCAAAUUCUGGUCGUUUUCUACGUAGACUGAAUUACAGGGUCAAUAACUGGGAUCCGUGUUUCAGCAACUAUGUAAAAAUACUGGAAAAGUCGAAACCAGUGAUUGUUGCAGGAGACCUUAACUGUGCUCGUCAAAGCAUUGACAUUCACAAUCCUCCAGCAAAAACCAAGUCUGCAGGUUUCACAAUUGAAGAGAGAGAGUCAUUUGAGACAAACUUUUCUAGCAAAGGCCUUGUGGAUACUUUCAGAAAACAGCACCCUAAUGCUGUCGGCUAUACCUUCUGGGGUGAAAAUCAGCGCAUAACCAACAAAGGUUGGCGAUUAGAUUACUUUCUUGCGUCGGAAUCUAUUACCGACAAGGUUCAUGAUUCAUACAUUCUUCCUGAUGUAUCAUUCAGCGACCACAGUCCAAUUGGCCUGGUACUGAAGCUAUAGUAUCGGCGAGACUCUAAAAUUCGAGACCUUACUGAAGCCAACUGUACAUAAUCACUUGACAAAUGCUUAUAUAAAUCUUUGGCCAGCCUGAAAUGUUGCAAGAUGUGGUAGAGUUAGUCUCCAUAUCCAUUUGCCAGUCAAUAUUACGAUUUGUUCUGUCAGUCUGUCAGGUGUUCGUCCUGAGACCUUCUGUAUAUAACGCGAUGCAUUUGUUUGCUGUCUCUGGGCCAAACUUUCAUAGGCAUUUUAUCAUGAAAUAUGAUUCCACUAGUGUGGAUUCCGCUGUUUUGAUACUAAA